UUUGAAAGUCGGACGUGCUUACGAGAGAAACACCGAAAACUCAGAAGAGUCAGAGGCCAUGGCUAAAAAGUGUGGUGUGCUGAAAGAAAAGUUGGACUCGUUAUUGAAAACGCUUAACGAGGAAGCCCAGGCCAGCAGUGUGAUGUCUGCGCCGCCGCCCACCAUCGCUGAGGAGCAGGUGGAUGGGGAGGGUGUGGUUCUGGCUCCGCCCCCUGCCCCGCCCACAGUCACAGCCCCUUGUUCGCCUCGGCCGCCCGCCGCUAUCUUCAAACCCCGAGAGCAGCUGAUGCUUCGAGCCAACAGCCUGAAGAAAGCCAUCAGACAAAUCAUAGAGCACACCGAGAAAGCUGUGGAUGAACAGAACGCUCAGACGGUGGAGGGUUUGGCUUCACUGCCGGCGGAGGAGUUCGAGAACACUCCUGAAGUCGUGGGAGGACAAACAGCAGAUGGGAGAUUCCACAGCUGUGGUUUCCCAGCAGGCAUUGCAGCCAGGAGAUCGUUUAUGAAGAGGAAGCCACUCAGAUCCCAGCCUUGUUCGGGACAGGCAGCGUUGUGCACUGAUACACAGGGAAGCAGCACAGUUCUCAUAACACUAUCGAGCGAGUUGGCUCAUGCAGUCAACGCCAGUCUCUAUAGGCCCACAGGCUCUGGUGUACGCAAACUCCAAAAAGCACCGCGGGGUGAGUCGGUGUUGUGGAUUAUGACGUCAUAA